UAUCAGAAUGAAGAUUCCCUAUACUUGCUGUAUUUUUUAAGAUAGGCUACAUAAUCUCGAAAUUUCCGUUUACGCUAUAAUGUUUUUUUCUAAUUUGAUUUAACGUCAUUUUUUUUAUUAUUUUUUUUAUUUAAUGCAGUUACAGUCCACCCAUAAAUCUGCUGUGUAGUGAUUUAUUCAUGUGGGGGCGAACUCGCAGGCUAUCAGCAGACGGCGGGUGGUCGGUAGAGUGAACUUUUUGUUUAGCGUGAAAAAGUCUGGAUCCUGUGGAUCUAACAGCAGCAGCACUACCUAUAGCUACUGCUCAGGGAUGUUUCCGAUUUUGCAGCCCCGCCCUCAAACACUGGACUCAGCUGCACGGAGAAACUGCUGCUUGUCAAACUGACUGAGGACCGACAAACUUUUCCCCCCAACAGUCCGGGACCGCGUUUGACCGAAGAAGACACUGGAAGGAAGAAGAGUUUGGACUGGGUUGAGAUAUGAAACUGGGCAUGACGGUGCGGGCCAAGUUGAGGGUGUAGCCACAUCUGGCAGAGACUGCUGAAGUAAGCAGGAGCCUCAGCACACCAAACAAUCUACUGCAGCGGGGAGGAUGGGAGAGACAGAGGAGGAGAGGGAUAAUGUGGGAAAGCUGUUUGAGAACUUCGUCCAGGCCUCGACCUGCAAGGGAGCCCUUCAGGCCUUCAAUGUCCUCUGUAGGAGGCUGGACCUCGACCCUGCGGAGAAUGACACCUUUUACAGCAGACUGAAGGCGAAGGCCACGUCCUGGAAGGCCAAAGCACUAUGGACUAAGCUAGACAAAAGGAUGUCCCAUAAGGAGUACAAGAAAGGUCAAGCCUGUGUGGGCACCAAGUGCCUCAUCAUCGGGGGAGGCCCCUGCGGCUUGCGGACAGCCAUUGAGCUCGCUUUGAUGGGUGCCAAAGUGGUGGUGAUCGAGAAGAGAGACUCCUUCUCCAGGAACAACGUGCUGCACCUUUGGCCCUACACCAUUCAUGACCUGCGGGGCCUCGGGGCUAAAAAGUUUUAUGGCAAAUUCUGCGCUGGGGCCAUAGACCACAUCAGCAUUCAGAAGCUGCAGCUGGUCCUACUGAAGGUCGCCCUGAUUGUUGCAGUGGAGUUUCACAUCAAUGUGGAGUUUGUCAAGCUGUUGGAGCCUCCAGAGGAUCAGGAAAAUAAUGGGCUCGGAUGGAGGGCUGCAAUCCGACCUGCUGAUCACCCCAUGGCUAACUUUGAGUUUGAUGUCGUGGUGGGGGCCGACGGACGCAGGAAUACUCUGGAAGGUUUCAAAAGGAAGGAGUUCAGGGGGAAGCUGGCGAUCGCCAUUACAGCCAACUUUAUCAACAGGAACACCACUGCAGAGGCCAAAGUAGAAGAGAUCAGCGGCGUUGCCUUCAUCUUCAACCAGAAGUUCUUUCUUGACCUCAAAGAGGAGACAGGUAUCGAUCUGGAGAACAUUGUGUACUACAAGGACAACACGCAUUACUUUGUCAUGACUGCCAAAAAACAGAGCCUGCUGGACAAGGGAGUCGUCAUUAAUGAUUACAUAGACACCCAGAUGCUGCUGAGCAGUGAGAAUGUCAACCAGGAAGCUCUUCUGUGCUACGCCCGAGAGGCUGCUGACUUUGGCACCAACUACCAACUUCCCACGCUGGAUUUUGCCAUGAACCACUGCGGGCAGCCAGAUGUAGCAAUGUUUGACUUCACAAGCAUGUACGCCUCCGAGAACGCUGCUCUGGUCAGAGAGAGAUUUGGACACCAGCUGCUGGUAGCACUGGUUGGCGACAGUCUGUUAGAGCCCUUCUGGCCCAUGGGAACGGGUUGUGCCAGAGGCUUCCUGGCUGCCUUUGACACGGCCUGGAUGGUAAAGAGCUGGGCUCAGGGUCGGACGGCUUUGGAAGUGCUGGCAGAGAGGGAGAGUAUUUACAGGCUACUUCCACAGACAACAACUGAAAACAUCGGCAAAAACUUUGACCAGUACACCAUUGACCCUGGGACUCGAUACCCCAACCUCAACUCCUCUUGUGUCAGGCCACACCAGGUGCGUCACUUGUACGUCAGCGGAGAGCUGAAGUCCUGCUCUCUGAGCUGCUUCUUCUUUGUUAUACCCGAUUCUGCUCUACUCUACUCUACUCUGCUCUACUCUACUUUGCGCUACUCUUCUCUACCCUCCAGUGUCAUGUGUUCUACUGCAGGUUCCAGAGGAGUGGAUGAAAACAAUGAAGAUUAUCCAUCUAAGGAAGUCAGAAGUAAUAAUAAUGUGCUCAAUCUUGCGCUUCCCAGGAAACGGGUACCAAAGGAUGAAAAGAAAUCAGAUGGUACAGAUCCAAUUCACAAGAGGAGGCGGAAGUUCUGCAGUUACCUGGAGGAGGCCACCAAUCUGUCGAGUAAUGGCUCUGCAGUGCGAGACGACCAAGAGCCCAAGGAAAACAAAGUGCGCUCAAUGGCUACUCAGUUGCUGGCCAAGUUUGAAAGCACACCCAGCUCCACCAUCCGGAAAACGCAGCCCUUCCCGCUGCAAACUCUUGAGCUGGCUGAGAGUCUGCACAUUAAACUCAGGCCUCCGGUCCCACCUAAACCUCCUUCAGAGAUGCAGUUUGAAGUCAGUAUCAGAAAAGCAGCAGAACACUUAGUGCGCCUGCCUCCAAAGACUCUGCCCAAACCUCAGCUCGGGCCUGAGGUCCAGCAUCCAUUUUCUGUAGUGAAGCUCAGGCAUGUUGAUCAGACGCACGCUGACACAAAGCCCCAGCCUCAUCCUGAGAGUGCAGACCCCCCUGCUUCUUCUCCCUCUUGCCACUCAGCAAUCCAUUUCAUGUCAAGAGUCCUCCAGCGCCUCAGGGAGGUGGAUGCACACGUCUCUGAGAAAAAAGCUCAGACACAACAGGCUAGAGAGUUUCACACUAAGAGUAUAAAGGAAAAAGCUGUUCACCUUAGAGGGUUGUUCUCAGCAGACAGCUCUGCUGUACUCAAGGGCGGCUCACUACGAAGGGCGUUCCCCCAGUCGGGUGACCAGUGUCACUCAUGCGAGAGACGUGUUUAUAUGGUGGAGAGGGUCUGUGCCGAGGGGCUCUACUUCCACAGGGAGUGUUUCCGCUGUUCUACCUGCAGCUCUGCCCUGCGACAGGGAGCACAUGCCUUUGACUCUGAACAGGGAAAAUUGUACUGCAAACUUCACUUUGAUCAACGCAACAGUGGGACAAAUCUACGGAGGACUUUUUCUGUACGCUCAAAUCGUUCUGGAGCUGGAGUCCAGGAGCGAUGUGCGGAUGACGGACAGACCUCAGAGUCCAGCAGCACAGCAGACCUGCAGAGUCAACCCUCAGCAGGUACCUUCAGCUCGUUCAUGAGGAAACACCUGAGCUGGCCUCUGAGUGUGACUCGCGCUGUGUGUAACGCCCCCUGGUAUCUGUCCCACCGUGUGCGUGGUACAGCACAGGCCCUCGCCGGCCACCUCAGGGACAAUGCCCAGGACUAUGCGUUACUGUAUGAGCUACUGAGCAUGAGCUUACCCCUGCUGCUUGUUUUACAAGAGGUACUGCUGCAGAUGUACACAGAGGCUGUGUCUGACGGGCCCAGCUGUCUACAGCCUCUGUUGCUGUGGCUGCAGGAGCAUAUUGGGCACAGGCUCAUCUAGACGCUCAGCAGACCUCAGCUGUUAAUAUUUGACUUCAAAUGCCAUUAAAUCUGUGGCUGAGGUGCACAUUAGCAGGUGUGUUCUUGUCAAAAUAUAAUUUGUAGCUGUGCACAAGCACCUUUUGUAAUGUUUACUUGCCUUUUUACGAUUAUACUGCUCAGUGUCUUGGAUGCACUGUACUUGUGCAUCAGCCAAAGAAGAGACACUGUAGGUUGCUCAUGCAACUUUUUGCAAUUUUCUACAGGGGUUAUUAAAAGCUGCACCAAAUAUGUUUGCAGUGGGUUUGAUGUGGAAACUGUACAUUAUUUGUAGGGUUAGAAUAAGUUAAACAAAUAAGGCAGUUAAAAUGAAAAUAAAACAGGCCACAGUCGGUGCAUUAAAGACUUAAGACUGCUGAAAUCAUCUUUGCUGUAGAACUCAACCUUUUACAAACUGUCUUGGAAAAUGGAUCCUGUGGUUAAAAUAGCUCAACUCAGGUUAUGACUGACUAACUUGAUGCACUUUAUCUUUGGGAACUGCCUUGUCAGCGCACCAGUAAACUGUCACAUUAUAAAACCCAGUUCUCAUGUUAAUAACGCUGGCCACCACACAGGUUUUCUUUUGACUAUGCAUAUGCGCUCCCGCCGUAUGUGUUUUUUCUCAGUAUCUUUUACACUCAGUUUACUUUCAUUAAAUGCUUUCAUUGAUUCUUGAAUGGAUAACACCAAAGAAACUCAGUAUUUAGUUCUACUUUGCUGCCAUCUACUGUUGACUCAAAAAUGAGAUGCCCCACCCAUUCGUUUUUUUUAACCUCCAUGUAUAACAUUACAGACAGUUAUGUUUUCAAUUGAUUUGAUUAUGUUUUGAUUUUUGAAAUAUUUUUUGAUUUACUGUUGACAAUAGAAGCUGGUGAGCAUGCUGUAAUGUGUUUGAUUGCGCUUGCCUUUCUUGCCAUCAUUUUAAAGCAUGUUGUUUGAAGACAAGUUCAUCUAAUGAUGCUUAUGAAACACUUUCAGAGUUUCACAGUUUUGUUUUGUUUAGAAACUAUUUGAAAAUGAUAUUUGCGAUGACUACAGGCAUUAUUUUAAGUGUUUACAGCAUGCCGUGCUGGAUAUGCAAGAUGAUGUCUGUGUUUUGUUGUCAGCUACCUAAUAUUUCAUGUUGAAUUACUGAAUGUGCUGCAUGUAAUAGUAGCUAGUAUUUUUUUUUUUAAAUACCAAAGAACUUUUCUCAUCACACUGACUGGACUUGUGUAACAUUUAUCUGUAUGACAAGACGACAAUCAUCAACAUGUGUUAUGGUGUCAGCAUACGAAUAUCGUCUUCAUUCUGAAUGUCAGUAUUUUGCUUUGUUUUUAUAAACAUUUUUCUACUUUUGUGCUUUCAGCUGUUAUUUGUGUCUGUAUGUUCUGUGUUUUAGAUCAUGUUUCUCUUUUCCUCUCGCUCAGCUGAAGCCUUUUAUGAAGUGAGUGAGCCAGCUGGAUGGUUAGGAGAAAUUACAUUUUGAAGGUGAUCACCUGCAUGGUCACGUUGUGAUGUGGCUGCAGAUACUGACGAUGAAUAACUGACCCAAAGUGUCUCAUAUGACUUAACAACAUUGCUGAAGUGAUUGAAGAUGUUUGUUUGAAGUGACGCAGAGUUUUGACUAAACUGAACUCAUGACUAA